AUGAGUUCAACACACUGGAGGAUAUUAAAGUUGAUUUGUAUACUUUUGCAUACUAUUACGGCGCUGGAUAAUAAAACAGAUUGUGUGGAAAAUGUUAAUGGAAAAAUUAUUAAUUAUCGACGGUUGGAUAAAAAUUUGCCUAUUUUUUCUAGAUCAACAAAAUUUAACAUACAACUUUGUGGAGAUAACAAUGUAUGUGGAGAGAAUAUUACUGCUUGUGAAGUUACAGAUUCAAUUUUGCCUAUAUCAACCAAAGAAUCUCAAAAAGUUUUAAUCAAUGGUAACAAAGUUGUAAUACAUGGUAGCUUUAAAAAGAAAGAUAAACCAAAAAAAUUUAUUAUGAAUAUUAAUUGUAAUUGGGAGACUGAUAUUUCUAAUGUAACAUACCAUGAAGUCUCAAAACAGGGUAAAACUUAUUUAUUUCAAAUGGAAUCAAACAUUGGUUGUGUUAAAAACAUUCCAUCUUGUUUGUUUUAUGAUGGUAAAUAUAAAUAUGAUUUUACACUUUUAAACAAACCUGAAGGGUGGGAUGUAAGUGGUAAUGUUAAUUUGUCCAUAAAUGUAUGCGGACCAUUACAGGGGCCUCAAAUAAAUUUAAAAUGUAACAAAUCAGAGUCUCAAGCAUGUGAUAUUUCCAAAGACUUAAAUAUGGGAAGCAUAUUUUCUCCUUUUGAAAUAGAAGAUAAUGCUAUUAAAUUAAAAAUUUAUGAUGGAAAUGUUUGCAAUUGGAAAACUCUUAAAAAGUAUAGUACAAUUAUUAAUUUUUAUUGCUCCUUUAAAGAAAAAGGUCCUCUUUUUGAGAAAUAUAGCACCAGUGAAUGUACUAAUUAUAUCAUCUGGCACACACCUAGAGCAUGCCCAAAACUAAAUGAAACUUGCAAAUUAGGUACUGUUGUGCAAGAAAGUGAGUGUACCAAUAAAAUUGGUAAAAAAGUUUAUAAUCUUAUAAACCUAAAAGGUGUAAAGAUGGUUUAUAAUGCCAAAAGCAACAAAGAUUAUUUUUUUAACGUUUGUGAAUUAUUAGUAGACAGUACAAAAUGUUUGGAAACCUCUUAUGUCUUAUUAGCAGAUAAAAAUGAACCCAACAUUAAAUAUCAGACCGUUUCUUUGGGGAGGAAGAAAACUAUUUCUGAAGACCAAAAUGGACUUCUGGUAAAAUUCACUGAUGGGGAUUUAUGUGAUUUUGAUCCUAUGCAAACUAUGGUACAUAUCAAAUGUUCAGAUAAGAACUCACUGAAUUUGAUAAAUGAUAAUAAUUGUACUAAAGAGUUCCUUUGGAAUACCCCUUAUGUUUGUGAUGCCUCUGAGAAUAAAACAAAAUGUGAAAUAACAGCAGACAUAGGCGAAACACUUUCAUUGGAUUUUUUUCCUUUAAAAAACUUUGAAAUAAACAACAACAAUAAAACAUACCAAAUUAAUUAUUGUGAGGAUAACUAUACAACAUGUUUAAAAGGCAACUGUAAUUCAAGCGUUUUAUCAAGGACUUAUAUAACCAGUACCUCUCCAAACUAUAUUUUAUUCCAUUUAAAUAGAAAUUGCACAUUUUCAGACGAUUUUAAUAAAAUCAUACUUAAUUUAUAUUGUGAUAUGAAAGCCUAUAAUGAUUUGUAUGAUUUUAAAUAUAAGAAAAAUUGCAAUGUUUAUGUUUCUUUAACAUCAAAUUAUGUCUGCAAAUUUAAUGAGAUUCUAAAAGCAAAACAAUAUGACAAUAUGAAAAUCGAAAAAAAAUGUAAUGUAUCUAGCAAUGAAACUGGAUAUAUAUUAGAUAUAAAUAGUUUAAAUGGUAUCGAAGUUCUUCAACUAAAAAAAUGUCCAUUGAUUAAUAUAAAUCAUACAAGUAAAUCACUUCAAUUAAUUUAUAAAACAGAUAUAGCGUGUAUUCUGAAUAAAAAACCCCGUCAUGUUAACUAUACCAUAGUAGUAAAAUGUUUCAAUGAGACAGAGACUGUUUUUAAAUCAAGCCAAGUUUGUUUAGACACUUCUGAAGUUAAAAGUACUGAAGCUUGUAAAUUGUUUUUUCCCUUUGAAAACACAAAAUCCCAUAUCCCUGUUGCAGGAAUAAUUGGAGGAAUAUUGGCAGUCAUAAUUUUUUUAGGUGGUGCAAUAUUGGGAAUUAUUUUGCUUAAAAGAAGAGAACAGACAGGAUCUUACUUAGGACUAUAUAUUAAGGAUGUGGAUUUGUAA